CAUCUCCCACAAUUCAGAGCGAAUAUUGCUCCGAGGCUGCCAGUGAGGCUGAAGUCCAAAACAGUGAGGAGGAUAUGCAGCAGACGCUCCGACACUUGUGAACGGUCUCCGUUGGCGUGAGUCUUCAGCUAUGCUGUGAGUGAGUGUGUGUGUGUGCUCGAGUCACAGUACAGGUGGUCUCAGGUCAUCGAAGCUGACACUGACGGGAUUGUCAUGGCGGCCGACGUUCACACGCACUGGGAGUCUUCCAAUGGUAGCCUGAGCGCGGAGCCGUCGUCCAAUGGCAGCCUGAGCGUGGAUGAGCUGCGCUUUGAUAGGCUGAGCGUUGAGACACUGCGCUGUGAUGGGGCAGAGAGCCCCACACCGGGCCUGGUGGGCGGGACAGAGCCAGGUGCAGGUCAGGAGUCGGCCAUGUUUGCGUGCAGCCAGUCGUACGAGGACCUGACAGCGGAAACACAAGAGGAGGAGGCAGCCAUCUUGGAAGAGGAGGGGCUAGGUGGGGAGGAGUGCACCGUGAUUGGCCGAGCUCCGCAGGAAGAAGGAAGUGCUCCACAGGAAGCGGAGGGUGCUCGUGAUAAAGACGAGGAUGUGACGUCCGAGGCGUGGCGAGCGCACCGCAAGCACGUGUUCGUCCUGAGCGAGGCGGGAAAGCCCAUCUACUCGCGCUACGGCAGCGAAGAAGCGCUCUCAUCCACCAUGGGGGUCAUGAUGGCGCUGGUCUCAUUCGUACAGAGCGGAGACAACACCAUACGCUCCAUACACGGAGAUGGCUACCGUGUGGUGUUCCUCCGCCGAAGUCCCCUGGUUCUGGUGGGCGUGUCCAAAGGCAACCAAUCAGACAUAGCACUGGUGCGGGAGCUGCAGUACGUCUUCCUACAGGUAGUGAGUUUGUUGACGAUGACUCAGCUGAAUCACGUCUUCUCACACAAGCAGAACUACGACCUGCGGCGGCUUCUGGGAGGGGCGGAGCUUCUCACAGACUCUUUGCUCCGCCUACUCGAGUCAGACCCGGGACCGUUGCUUAGCGCCGUCAGCUGUCUGCCCCUGGGUGGCGCUGUGAGGGACGCUGUGUCUGCAGCGCUGCAGCAGAAUAAAGCUCCCUCAUUGGUCUUCUCCGUGCUGCUGGCGGGACACCGGCUUGUCUCAUUGGUCCGCCAGCGCGACCAGAACCUGCACCACACAGACCUUACCUUAUUGGCCAAUCUCGCAGGCUCCUCCUCCUGUGCGGCAUUUCGAGAGGCGGAGGGCUGGACCCCCGUCUGCCUGCCCAAGUUUAACCCUGCAGGGUUCUUCCAUGCCCACAUCUCCUUCCCGCUCGCAGGCGCCCCCCUGUGUCUGCUGCUGCUCUCCACGCAGCGAGACGACUUCUUCACACUGAGCACGCUCCACCGGCGCGUCCUGGAGCGUCUGCAGCGCCGCAAUACCCUGUCGUCCCUGGAGGAGGCGCUGAACUGCCCCACGUACCCCGCCAGCCAAGUGGGCAUCCCUCAGCUCAUACACUUCCUGUACAAGAGCAAGAGCUCCGGACUAUACACCAGUCCAGAGUUCCCGGUCCCAUAUUGCAGAGAGGAAGAGAGGCAACGUUUGAUGAGUGUCUACCAGCAACUGCACGGCCGCCUGCACCACCCAACGCGACCAAUGACAUCAAUAUACCACACCACGCACACACACAACCUCUACGCCAGGGUGACGAGUGGCUUUGAGCUGUACGUGUGUUUCAGUCCGCUGGCCACCAAAGCCAUCGCAGAGGCUGCUGUCCCCAAACUGCUCAAAUGGAUACGCAAAGAGGAGGACAGACUGUUUAUACUGAAACCCCUUACAUACUGACACACACACACACACACACACACACACACACACACACACACACACACACACACACACACACACACACACACACACACACACAUGCAAAGAGGAGAGGCUCUUUAUACUCAAACACCUUACAUUCUGACACACAGACACACACACACACUCCUGUGGACAGCCAGUGCUGUAAUGUGGUCCUGUAUCUACCUCUCCUGUCCUGCCGUCAGUGGACAGUCAUGCAAUCGCCUGGAAACUAGUCACAUGAUCAUCGGGACUUAUCACAUGUCCACCUGGGCAGUCACGUGAUCAUCUGGACAGUCACGUGACCCAUCUCGUCAAUGGGGACCAGUUGCCUUGGCAACCACAGUCAACCGCAUUACCAGAGAUCUUAUAGAGAGGGAUAGUUCAGGCUAGUUCUUUUCCGGUAUCCAUGUGAUGCCGGGUGAACGCCCCUUUAGGAGACCUUUGGUGAGGAGAUCUUCGGAGCCUUGAGGUUGAGAAUAAAUUGAGUCUCAUAAGCGCUGUAGAUGCCGGUAGCGCACUUCUUUUGCAAACACCUCAAAAAGAGAAGAAGAAGGAGGGGACAACGUCCUAUUAAGAGACCAAACUUCAGCUCACUCUUUUGCAUUGGGUGGGCGGGGUUUGAAUCCUCUUUCUUUAAUCUACCUCCUUUGGCGUUACCAUCCUCAAAGCAGUCACAUGACUCUCUGAGCAAACACAUCUGGACUAGUCAUGUGUCGUUAUCACAACCACAAUAGACAAUGCUACCAGCUGCCAAAAGCUAGAGUUGCAGAGCCUGCCAGCUGAUUAUGUUGAAAACUCGUACAAACUUUAAUAAUAAAGCAACAUUCCAACAUGCA